UCUAUACUUGGCCACUUCCCUGCUGCUGCCACUUCCACUACACCUCCCCCAGGCAUUGGCACCUCAGGUGGCCGCCGAGGCCACACUGAGGCUGCACCUGUGAGAAGGCCCAGCACUUUCUCCUCCCAGUGUGACAGGCAGGAUGGGCGACAUGGCCAACAGUUCCAUCGAGUUCCACCCCAAGCCCCAGCAGCAGCGGGAGGCCCCCCAUGCAGGCGGCUUUGGGUGCACGCUGGCUGAGCUGCGCUCCCUCAUGGAGCUCCGAGGGGCCGAGGCUCUGCAGAAGGUCCAAGAAGCCUAUGGGGACGUCAGCGGGCUGUGCAGGAGGCUGAAGACCUCGCCCACAGAGGGCCUUGCCGACAACGCCAAUGACUUGGAGAAGCGCAGGCAGAUCUAUGGCCAGAACUUCAUCCCUCCCAAGCAGCCCAAGACCUUCCUGCAGCUGGUGUGGGAGGCCCUGCAGGAUGUCACCCUCAUCAUCCUGGAGGUGGCUGCCAUCGUGUCCCUGGGCCUCUCGUUCUAUGCACCCCCCGGAGAGGAGAGCGAAGCGUGCGGGAAUGUGUCGGCUGGGGCAGAAGAUGAAGGGGAGGCCGAGGCUGGCUGGAUCGAGGGGGCAGCUAUCUUGCUGUCUGUCAUCUGCGUGGUGCUGGUCACGGCCUUCAAUGAUUGGAGCAAGGAGAAGCAGUUCCGAGGCCUGCAGAGCCGUAUUGAGCAGGAACAGAAGUUCACGGUCAUCCGGAACGGGCAGCUCCUCCAAGUCCCCGUGGCCGCGCUGGUGGUGGGGGACAUCGCCCAGGUCAAGUAUGGAGACCUGCUGCCUGCCGACGGCGUGCUCAUCCAAGGCAAUGACCUCAAAAUCGACGAGAGCUCCCUGACCGGAGAGUCCGACCACGUGCGCAAGUCAGCUGACAAAGACCCCAUGCUGCUUUCAGGCACUCAUGUCAUGGAAGGUUCUGGAAGAAUGGUGGUGACAGCUGUGGGUGUGAACUCCCAGACAGGCAUCAUCUUUACCUUGCUUGGAGCUGGCGGAGAGGAGGAGGAGAAGAAGGAUAAGAAAGGCAAGCAGCAGGAUGGGGCGAUGGAGAGUAGCCAGACCAAAGCCAAGAAGCAAGAUGGGGCAGUUGCCAUGGAAAUGCAGCCGCUGAAGAGCGCGGAGGGCGGGGAGAUGGAGGAGCGGGAGAAGAAGAAGGCCAGUGUGCCCAAGAAGGAGAAGUCGGUCCUGCAGGGCAAGCUCACCAAACUGGCCGUGCAGAUCGGAAAAGCAGGGCUGGUGAUGUCCGCCAUCACCGUCAUCAUCCUGGUCCUCUACUUCGUGAUUGAGACCUUCGUGGUGAAAGGCAAGGUGUGGCAGGCCGAGUGCACGCCGGUCUACGUGCAGUACUUCGUCAAGUUCUUCAUCAUUGGUGUCACUGUGCUGGUUGUGGCCGUCCCAGAGGGCCUGCCUCUUGCUGUCACCAUCUCCUUAGCUUACUCUGUCAAGAAAAUGAUGAAGGACAACAAUCUGGUCCGACACCUGGACGCCUGUGAGACGAUGGGCAACGCCACAGCCAUCUGCUCGGACAAGACGGGCACACUCACCACCAACCGUAUGACCGUGGUCCAGUCCUACCUCGGGGACACCCACUACAAAGAGAUUCCGGCCCCCAGCGCCCUGACCCCCAAGAUCCUCGACCUCCUGGUCCACGCCAUCUCCAUCAACAGUGCCUACACCAGCAAAAUACUACCUCCAGAGAAGGAAGGUGCCCUCCCGCGCCAAGUGGGCAACAAGACGGAAUGCGCUCUGCUGGGCUUCGUCCUGGACCUGAAGCGGGACUUCCAGCCUGUGCGGGAACGGAUUCCGGAAGACAAGCUUUACAAAGUGUACACCUUCAACUCGGUCCGCAAGUCCAUGAGCACGGUCAUCUGCAUGCCGGACGGUGGCUUUCGCCUCUUCAGCAAGGGCGCUUCCGAGAUCCUGCUGAAAAAGUGCACCAACAUCUUAAACAGCAACGGGGAACUGCGCAGCUUCCGCCCCAGGGACCGGGACGACAUGGUGAAGAAGAUCAUCGAGCCAAUGGCUUGUGAUGGCCUCCGCACCAUCUGCAUUGCCUACCGGGACUUCUCUGCUGCUCAGGAGCCGGACUGGGAAAAUGAGAAUGAAGUUGUGGGCGACCUCACCUGCAUAGCCAUCGUGGGCAUCGAGGACCCCGUGCGGCCCGAGGUCCCUGAAGCUAUCCGCAAAUGCCAGCGUGCUGGCAUCACAGUCCGCAUGGUGACUGGGGACAACAUCAACACAGCCCGGGCCAUCGCAGCCAAGUGUGGCAUCAUCCAGCCCGGAGAGGACUUCCUGUGCCUGGAGGGGAAGGAGUUCAACCGGAGGAUCCGCAACGAGAAAGGCGAGAUCGAACAAGAGCGUCUGGACAAGGUGUGGCCCAAGCUGAGGGUCCUCGCCCGAUCGUCUCCCACAGACAAGCACACUCUGGUCAAAGGGAUCAUUGACAGCACCACUGGUGAGCAGCGGCAGGUGGUGGCCGUGACCGGGGACGGCACCAACGAUGGGCCAGCGCUCAAGAAGGCAGACGUGGGCUUCGCCAUGGGCAUCGCAGGGACUGACGUGGCCAAGGAGGCCUCAGACAUCAUCCUGACUGAUGACAACUUCACCAGCAUCGUCAAGGCGGUCAUGUGGGGCCGCAACGUCUACGACAGCAUCUCCAAGUUCCUGCAAUUCCAGUUGACGGUCAACGUGGUGGCCGUGAUCGUGGCCUUCACUGGCGCCUGCAUUACUCAGGACUCUCCUCUCAAAGCCGUGCAAAUGUUGUGGGUGAACUUGAUUAUGGACACAUUUGCCUCUCUGGCCCUGGCGACAGAGCCGCCCACCGAUUCGCUGCUGCUGCGGAAGCCAUAUGGCCGGGACAAGCCCCUGAUCUCCCGAACCAUGAUGAAGAACAUUCUGGGCCACGCAGUCUACCAGCUCACCAUCAUCUUCACGCUGCUGUUCGUGGGGGAGCUUUUCUUCGACAUCGACAGCGGGAGGAACGCGCCCCUGCACUCGCCGCCCUCGGAGCACUACACCAUCAUCUUCAACACCUUCGUCAUGAUGCAGCUCUUCAACGAGAUCAACGCCCGCAAGAUCCACGGCGAGCGCAACGUCUUCCAUGGUAUCUUUGGCAACCCCAUCUUCUGCACCAUCGUCCUGGGCACCUUCGCCAUUCAGAUUGUCAUUGUCCAGUUUGGUGGAAAGCCCUUCAGCUGCUCCCCACUGUCCACGGAGCAGUGGCUCUGGUGCCUGUUCGUUGGUGUUGGGGAGCUGGUCUGGGGCCAGGUCAUCGCCACCAUUCCCACCAGCCAGCUCAAGUGCCUGAAGGAGGCGGGGCACGGGCCUGGGAAGGACGAGAUGACCGACGAGGAGCUGGCCGAGGGGGAGGAAGAAAUUGACCACGCCGAGCGGGAGCUCCGCAGAGGCCAAAUCCUCUGGUUCCGGGGCCUCAACCGGAUCCAGACGCAGAUGGAGGUAGUGAGUACCUUCAAGAGAAGCGGUUCAUUUCAGGGUGCCGUGCGCCGGCGGUCUUCGGUCCUCAGCCAGCUCCAUGACGUAACCAAUCUUUCUACCCCUACUCACGUAAUUCUCUCUGCUGCCAAUCCCACCAGUGCCGCUGGGAAUCCGAGUGGUGAAAGCAUUCCGUAGCUCGCUCUACGAAGGCCUGGAGAAACCGGAAUCCAAGACUUCCAUCCAUAACUUCAUGGCAACGCCCGAAUUCCUGAUCAACGACUACACCCACAACAUCCCGCUCAUAGAUGACACGGACGUGGAUGAGAACGAGGAGCGCCUGCGGGCCCCCCCGCCCCCCUCCCCCAACCAGAACAACAACGCCAUAGACAGCGGCAUCUACCUGACCACGCAUGGCACCAAGUCAGCUACCUCGUCAGUGUUUUCUUCCAGACCCGGGAGCCCGCUCCACAGCGUGGAGACGUCCCUCUAAGCAUAACUGCUGUCCGCACGCGCACCCACCCUGCACACACGGGCACCCGGCGGGACACACAGGCCUGCAGCAGGAGGGCACAGCCACGGCGGCUGGACACACGUUGCUCGCUCGCACAGCACUUGCAAGAAGCCAAACGAUUCAAGGCUUCUUACCUCGGACCAAGGAGAUGGAGGAGGAGGAGGAAGAGGAGGAGGAGGAGGAGGAGGAGGAGGAGGAGGAGGAGGAGGAGGAGGAGGAGGAGGAGAGCAAAGGAAAAAACUAGAGAACAAGAAGAGCCAUGUUCCCCACUUUUUUCUAUCGAAGCUUUUUUUUAAUGAAUACUACAGUGCCACCAGAUUUCUGUCAUCGGGCUGUGCGGUGGGGCACAGGGUUGGUUUCAGUUUCUUGGCAAUUUUGUUGCACCUACUGGAGAGUCACCAGAUCACCAGAUUCAUGCAAAAGGAAAGCCCGCCCGAGAGAGCCACCUGCAAACGUAUGCGAACCGCCAAGCACCCCAUCCCCGGGACACAUGCAGUCUGUGCGUGUGUGCGUGCGUGUGCGUAUAGGCAUAUACGUGCAUAUUUAAAGAAUAAGGAACUAUUUAUCGGCAUGAUCUUUCCAUUGCUCUUAGCAGAUGUUCUUCUUUUGAAAUUUCAUUAUUUAUUGUGACAGGUUGAUUUGUUCAGGGAACUAGACUGCAAGAAUCUCUUUUUGGUUGCUUGCCUUGCUUCACACUCCUCCCCUCUCCUCCCUCCUCCUGGCACCGUCCCGGGCAAGGUCAUCAUCGCGAUUCCCAGCAGAUGGACAAGGUUAAGGUGCAAGCAAUUACAGUUGAAACAUUUGCACUUUGAGACUCCCUACCUACAGAGGAAAAUAAAAAGAAUCCCUUUUGGUGGAAUUUUUAUUUAAAAGGAAAAUACCAAAGUAUUGAUGAGGAUGAUUCCUCCCAGGAGGUAGAAGGGGGCAUUUUGCUUUCAGUUUCCUUUGGUUUCAACUCCAAUUCCAAGUGCUGAAUUCUGGCUGCUGGGCUUUCUCUGACCACAAUCCAAGUUCAAGACUCUGCCCUGUGCUGCCUCUGAUCCCAUGUGGGGACCCGGAACGGGGGGAGGAGUGACAAGAGUCAGACAGAAACCAGUGGAAGAAGAGGUACCAUCAAAACCCAAGAGGAGCUGAUGUGGCUGCGAUACAGACCCAGCCCUCCUGCACCUCCCACCGGACUCCCAUUCUUUGCUUUGGCAAAUGCCAAGUAAUUGUUGCCGAGGCGCCCAUAACACUGCUCAGAAAGUUCUCAGUCACCACCCUCCUAGCACUCUUCCGAAACCAGUCUUCUCGUUCAACAACUAGAACGCUUGAAAGCAUGGAUUUGUGUCUGCAGCCACUUACAGUGACAUUAGGGAACCAGAUACCGAGGCAAAGCCCCCGAGAGCCAUGGCACCUCGCGGCAGUUGCUCUAAUCCCACCUGUGGCACUUUCUCGUGAGUCUGGAAGGCUGAGGAGGUCAGCUUCACCACGUGGGCCGAACACCUGAUCUGCAGGCACGGAGAGCUGGGCCUGGGCUCCCCAGAUGGUUCCCUCGGGAGCCUCUCCUUGCAGUGUGGGCACCCAGUGUGCCAAGCCUCAGUUUCCCCGAAUGCACCCUAGCCAGGGAGGGAAAUGCAGAGAAAGCAGAGAUCCUUUUAACAUUGGAAUUCACCUGCCUCACGUUCCCCAGAGGGAGACAGUCGGGGUCCAACCUCGGCUCCUCCGUGGGCCUGUCACUGGGGCCUGGGGCUAAGCCACUGGGGGGCGGCUGAGGACUGAGGGACAGAGGGUCAGAAUGGAAACUGCAGGUGCAGAUGGGCACACUGAGCAGUUGAGCAGCAGCUGGACUGGUGUCAAGGCUGAUCCGCCCAUCACACCUCUCACUCGCUCCCCACCAGCCGGGUCUUGUCUUACCUCCACCUGCACCGUGAGCAUCCGCGCUGGCGGCCAAAACACGCUCGGGCUGCGCUGUGAGCAUGGAUACCAUGUGACCCCUGAGCAAGAGUAGUCAAACCUUGGGCAAAGGAAUUUCGGUUCAAAAAGAAAAUCCCACUUCAAAUGCCAGCUCCAGAUAACUUAAAGCCAUCCCUUUCUUCCAAAGGGCACAUCAAGAAUGUCACCCAUGUGUACAUUGUCCCCUAUGUCCUUGUUUCGACCACCACAAAAAGGGCAACUCAAUUCGGUGAGGGUCUGUGUUCUUAACCAAGAAGUCAAGUUGGAUAGGUUUCCAUUGAAGGAGAUGAGCUCCAUUGCGCUCCACCCAUGGGCUUCUUUUCAUUCUGUUGUAGAUACACUGGUAGAACUGACGAUCCAUAUAUAUUUAAAGCACCCUCGCUGCUGCUGUACAAAGUUGCCUACUGUACAUGUCGAUUGUUUAGUCCUAGGUUGCCUUUCCGUGGGGUGUGUGGUUCCGAAAAGUGGGAGGGCUGUGACCUCGGCUCAUUGCUCUGGCUUCUGUUGUCUUCAGUCCGAGGGACCUGUGUCACCAGGGAGCCCCUCUCUAUAAAACAUUAUAUUCUAUGGAAUGGCUUGGUCAACCGUGUUCAGUUAUUAAAUAUGUUUUACAUUUUUAUCUGCCUGUUAUAAAGAUGAAAAAAAUAUCUUAACGAGGAACACCACAGAUGCAUACUAAUUUAAAGUCUGUAGUUGAAUUUCCUAAUUAAAGAAUAGACCAAAAUUUCUGUGUAUAAAAAAAUGAAAGGCUUCUACAAUCCUG